UGUGCUCAGAGAGGGCGACCCUGCCGCGGGCCUGAGGCCGAGCCAGCGAGCUCCUGCCCCGCUGCCGGGAGCCCGCCUCUUCGGGCCUCCCUACUUCCCCGUCCCGGUCCCCUCCACGGGGCCUUCUAUAUGGGCCACCUUCUCUCGAAGGAGCCGCGUAACCGCCCGAGCCAGAAGAGGCCUCGCUGUUGCAGCUGGUGCCGCCGCCGCCGCCUUCUCCUCAGGCUGCCCCGCCGGACACCGGCCAAGGCGCCCCCCCAGCCGGCGGCGCCCCGGAGCCGGGACUGCUUUUUCCGCGGGCCCUGCAUGCUCUGCUUCAUCGUGCACAGCCCCGGCGCUCCCGCCCCCGCCGGCCCAGAGGAGGAGCCGCCGUUCUCGCCGCCGCCGCCGCCGCCGCCGCCGCGGGACGGGGCCUACGCCGCGGCCGCCUCCUCGCAGCACCUGGCGCGGCGCUACGCGGCCCUGGCUGCCGAGGACUGCGCCGCCGCCGCCCGCCGCUUCCUGCUAUCUUCGGCCGCCGCCGCCGCCGCCGCCGCUGCCUCGGCCUCGUCGCCCGCCUCCUGCUGCAAAGAACUGGGGCUGGCCGCGGCCGCCGCCUGGGAGCAGCAGGGCCGGAGCCUCUUCUUGGCCAGCGUGGGGCCCGUGCGCUUCCUGGGGCCGCCCGCCGCCGUGCAACUCUUCCGAGGGCCGCCGCCGCUGGCCGAGCCCCCCACGCCCCCGGAGAUGGUGUGCAAGCGGAAGGGGGCCGGGGUCCCUGCCUGCACCCCCUGUAAGCAGCCCCGCUGCGGAGGUGGGGGCUGUGGCGGCGGUGGCGGGCCUGCGGGGGAAGGCGCCUCGCCGCCGCGGCCCCCCGACGCCGGCUGCUGCCAGGUCCCCGAGCAGCCACCGCAGCCUCUCUGUCCCCCGCCCUCCUCUCCAACUGCCGAAGGUACCCCGCCACAGGCCGGCGGGGACGCCGUCCAAGCGGGGGGCACCGCCCCCUCGCCCGCCCAGCGGCAUGAAUGUGGCGACGCGGACUGUCAGGAUCCCCCCGAAAACCCCUGCGACUGUCACAGGGAGCCACCCCCUGAAACCCCAGACAUCAACCAGCUGCCGCCAUCCAUCCUGCUCAAGAUAUUUUCCAAUUUAUCCUUGGAUGAACGCUGCCUUUCUGCAUCAUUGGUUUGCAAGUAUUGGCGGGACCUUUGUUUAGAUUUCCAGUUUUGGAAGCAGCUGGAUCUUAGUAGUCGUCAGCAGGUCACUGAUGAAUUAUUGGAAAAAAUUGCAUCAAGAAGUCAAAAUAUAAUUGAAAUCAACAUUUCUGAUUGUCGCAGUAUGUCUGAUACUGGCGUAUGUGUUCUAGCAUUUAAGUGUCCUGGACUUCUUAGAUAUACAGCCUACAGGUGUAAACAGCUUUCUGACACCUCUAUUAUUGCGGUUGCCUCUCAUUGUCCUUUACUUCAGAAAAUUCAUGUAGGCAACCAGGACAAACUUACUGAUGAAGGACUCAAACAGCUGGGCUCAAAAUGCAGAGAACUCAAAGAUAUUCAUUUCGGCCAGUGUUACAAGAUCUCAGAUGAAGGCAUGAUCGUCAUAGCCAAGGGCUGUCUGAAAUUGCAAAGAAUAUACAUGCAAGAAAACAAAUUGGUGACAGAUCAGUCAGUGAAAGCAUUUGCUGAGCACUGUCCUGAACUUCAGUAUGUUGGCUUUAUGGGUUGUUCGGUUACUUCUAAAGGAGUCAUUCACCUGACCAAGCUAAGAAACCUUUCCAGCUUGGACCUACGUCAUAUCACUGAACUGGAUAAUGAAACUGUGAUGGAAAUUGUCAAGAGGUGCAAAAAUCUUAGCUCUCUCAACCUCUGUCUGAACUGGAUCAUAAAUGACAGAAGAUACAGAGACUGGGAUCCAGCCACAUGAGCCCACAUGCCUGUGAGGCCUUCCGACAGAGGCAGAGGCCAGAUGGGAGCUCAUGUCCCCUGACGUUCUGCCCAUGCCUUCUCCACAGCACUGACCAAUCUGGAAGCACAGAGGUCUAGAUAAGAGUGAAAAUAUGAAAAAGAUAGGAUGAAGUAUUAACAUAGCCUAGAUUACAUUCAACUGGAUCACUGUAUGCUCUGUAAUUUUAGAGUGACUUUCUUUCUGUAAAUGGGUAUAGACUUUGAAUGGCAGAUUAAGAAAAGUUCACAACUAAUGAGGAGUGAUAUAAUUAUCUAUCCCUACUUCAUCCCUAUUUUAGACUUUAAGUAUCAGAGGAAAUCAGAAAAGAAGUUUAAGAUGUAUGAGAACAUAAUACUGUUAAAUGUGGACUACUUUACCUUGAAGCAUAUCAACAUACCAUUUCAUCUCUAGAAGUUUAAUUUGGAUCUUUCUACAUUUUCUAGUUCUCUCCUGAUCAAGCUCAUGCUUUCCUUCUCCUUCUUGAGCAGCAGUAUGUUUAUAAUACCUGAUUAAAUGACCUAAUCUUGUUUAUUAAUUCUAUCAUCUAUGCCAUUUCUGUAUCUAUUUCUACUGAUUGAUUUUUCUCACCUAGUAAUUUUGAUUGGACUGAACAUCAUGAAUUUGGGUUGUUGACAGCUAAUUUUCUUUUGCAUUCUCUUAAAUAUUUCUGAGCUUUGUUUGGGAUACAGUUAAAUUACUUGGGCAGUUUGAACAUCUGUGGCUUGCAUUUAAGUUUUGUUCAGUGAGUACAGAACAGCUUUUAAAUAAGGGCUAAUUUGGCCAUGCUAGUGAGGCAUGGUCCUUCUGAGACCUUGACUUGACCCCUUGUGUAUUAGGAAGUCAUUCUACCCUGGCUCAUGGAAACCUCAAGUAUUUCCAGGCCUCUGUGAGCUCUAGAUACUGUUCCACUUACUCCUUAAUGAUGAUUUUUUAUCUAGCCUCAGUAAUUUCCUUUUAUGCACAACCAGACCAUUAUUCAGCCAAACAUAUGCCUGGACUCCUGUGCGUAUCUCCAGAGUCACCCACUUGCUCUUCCCCCGCAUCUCCCUUCCUUCUGAUACUCUGCCUCACAGACCUAGCCCCAUUGGUGUUCUAGCACUUUAAAGUCUGUCUCCUGAGUCGAGCAAUCCCAUUGGGCUCUGUUUGGGAUCUCCUUUCCCACACAGCUCUGGAAGCUCUUUAGGCAGGGAGUGUUUUUUAUGUAAUGUAAGGCUCACUUGUUUCUUUCCCCUCUCUCAGAGAUCACUGUCCUGCAUUGUCUGCUGUACAUUCCCUGAAUACCAGUUUUUUUAUAUAUGUUGGCUAGCUUAGUGAUUUUUCUGAGUUCAGAGGGUAAAUCUGGUUCUUCUCAUUGUGGCUGGAAGCAGAAGUCCCAAAGUCCAUUGAAACUUUAUUAUAACAUUUAAAAUCUUUAACCUGGAUUUAAUUUAAGAAUCUUUGUGUUUCGUAAUCAGAGCUUGAGGUUAGAAUCUUUUGGAAGUUCAAGAUAUGAUAUAGGGACUUAAGUUUAUGACACAGAACUCUAGCAAGAGCCAUGUAGUAGGUUCUUUAUAAAUACUGCCUAAACUUCUGUAAGCUAUUCAAGAGCUGGGAGUAAUCAAUCUAUUUGGCAGAUAUUCAUUGAGAUUUCAUUAUGUAAUAGAAUUUUGUUAGUCACUGGAAAUACAGAAAUGAAUAAACCAUGAUCCUAUAGUGGAAAAAACUGGCAUGUACAAUUUUAAUCAUUGACUGUGAGGUUAUAAGAAUGGGGAAGACUCUUACUGAGAGAAUCAGAAGGUCUUAAAACACUUUGUGCUUGCAGGAUGUAGUCGAUCUUGUACACAAUAGCAUUCAAUAAAUACAUGUGGAUGAAAGAUACCACAUCUAAUUUAUGGGCAUAUUCUCAGAAAUAUGUUAACUUGUUUUUUUCUUAGAUCUCUAGAAAAGAUAAUUCAAUAAAUAUACAGUAAGAAUAUCAUAUGUUUUAAGAAAAAGUCUAACUUUAACUUACACUAUCAUGGCUGUUAUGUAUUGGCAAUUUUAAAGACUUCAAAUGUAGCAUUGAUAACUAAGUUUUGUAGACCUGCUUUGUUUUCAGUUGUCAUAUCAAACAGUUGAAAAGUACCAAUUCAAUCAAACCCUCAUUUUGUGCCCCCCCCAAUUUUUGCUUUUCCUGUUCAUAUUUUAAAAAUCAGUGUCUGCAGAUAGUUAUUUAUAUGUAUGAAUUCACUGGUUCAUUCUAGUGCAAAAUAGGUCAUUCUGGAACAGUGAGAAAUGUGAUUGCUGAAUUUCAAGCAGUUUUUGUUGCUCAGCUGGAUAUAGAAAAAGAAAAGGGGUCAGGCCAGCACUUGUUGAAGAUUUCCCAUUGUCAUUGUCCUAGUGAAAGAGACUGGAGGCUGGUGAGUAUGGACUCUUCAGCAUAUUGGCCAGAAAGAGAAGGAGGCUUAGAUCCCAGGUUUAAUAACUAUUAGGGCAUUUUAUUUGAACCACUAAUUAGAAUAAAAGAAACACAUAAAAUGUCAUCCUAAUUAAAACGUGUGGGGCUAUUCCUCCUUUAAAAAAUUAUGGUACAGCAAAUGGUAGUGUGAUAUUUUCUGGAUACAAAUCUGCAUUUUUCCUUUUUUUAAAGCAUGCCAAUGUAUGAAAAAGAAAGCAAAGUGCAGCAGGAUUGAAAAGUGAUCCUUCUAAUAAAAAAUAACAAAUUCUUAAAUAGUAUAAUAAAGACUAUUUUGAAAAAAUUCUACAUUACUCAGCAUUUAAAAAUUGAAAUCAUUUCAAGCCUUCUUUUUCUCUGUGUGGAAAUUAGGGCUCUGAAUAGGAAACAAUUUUCAAACAGUAAACUUUAUUUACAAACUUGAAAAGGGUCUUUAACUAAAAUCUAAUUCUCAUGGUCAAGUGGCAUUUUUGUUUGAUACAUGUAUUCAUUCAUUCAUUUAUUUUUUGAAUGACAUAGCUAUAAUACACUAUAAUUAUUUCUGUUAAUAUCCAGUUAAGCAAUAUUAGAAAGUCUAUAUUUGGAAAUAUAUAUUGUAGUCCAUUUCAAUAUUUAAUAUAAGUAAAUAGCUUGCAUUACUGAAGAAUUAAUUUCAAAUUAAACUUGAAGAGAGGAUCAUAUAGGAGAUUAAUUUAGGAUUAUGCUUCAGGCUCUGCUCAGGUGUUCUUGAUCCACAGGUUUUUGUCCUAGCUGUAUUAAAGUGACUGGGUGAGUGAAGAGACCUGACAGCAGUGGGAGCUUUGCUGGGCUGGCCCAGGUGUGGGACAUCCAGGAGUUUUGUCGGUCUAUACAUGAUCAUGUUAAUUGCUUUCUUGAUGACAAGCUAGAUGUGAAUAAAGGCAUUCGACUCUGUCAUAUGACAGACUUUUAAAAGAAAAUCUUCAUUAUAAAGAAAUGGAAUUCUUACUCUGAUUUUAACAAAAUUGAUGUGUCACCUCCCCCUGCCACUUGUAUGGGCCUAAUGCAAUUGACUUGUGCAAAGAACUAGAUAAAAUGUAGCAUUACUAUAAAAAAAUAUCAUAAAACAUAUUAAUCAUGUAUGGGUCUUGUAUUGAUAUAUAUUGUUUAUAUAAAGUAUAUGCAAGAAAAUAACUAAAGAUCAUAGGACUGUGUGUUUGGGAAUCCUGGGAAUGGAGCCCUGGCCACCACUAGUCCAUUCUCUUCAUCGUCCUUUGUCCUUCCUUUUGCAAAUUCCAGUGUUUUCCCUGUCUGUUCUCCCUUUUUACUUUCCCAGUUGGGUCUUUGAGGGUGUGAAUCAUUUUGCUCACCAGAUCUCAUGGGGGUGCUUCCCCCCAAUUUAUUUUGUUUUCAGUAAGAACCUAAAUCCAGGAGUGUUCUAAGGAGUGUUCUGCUUAGUACUGAAAAAGUGGAGAAGAUAAAUUAUUUUUUACAACAGGAAAGCAAAAGGAUCUUGUAAAAAUCUUUAAUAAUAGCUACUCACAUUUUAAUUCUAAUAUGUAGAUCUACCCUAACCUGAUUAUCCUUAAACACUACAACUUCAUUCAUUUAUGAAUUCACUUAAUAAUCCUUCAAAUUUACUAGGUACUCAGCCCUAAGGGUACAAAGAUGAAUCCUGUUUCUGAAGAGCUCAUAAUGUUUCAUUGUUUUCUAAGCAUUUUCACUGAGACUCAUCUGAUUGUUUAUUCAUUUAUUCAACAAAUACUUGCUGAACUUCCUAUUUUUGGCACUAGAAAUGCAGCAGUGAACAAAACAGACAGACCUGCCUUCAUGGAGUUACAUUCCAGUAGGAGGGAUGGAUAAAGAACAAGUAAAAAUAUUCUUUACAUCAUAUAGUGGUAAGAGAAGUAUAACAGCUAAAGAGUAUGUAGGGAAUAGGGUUUGCACCUGCGGGGUUUGUUUGCAGCUUUCCAUAGGAUGGUGAGGAUGUGCUUCACCGAGGAGCUGGCACUGGAGCACAGACUUAAGUGAAGUCAAGGACUGAGCCAUGUGAAUCAGUGAGGAAACAGCAAGUCAGUCUUUGAAGCAGGAUCACACUGGUGUGUUUGAGAAAUAGAAAGGAGGGCAUUCUGGCCACAGCAAAGUCAGUGAAGGAAGGAGGAGUAGAAUAUGAGGUUGGAAUGUAGCCAGGAGGCAGAUUAUGUUGAGCUCAGAGGCCAUGUGAAGGGUCUAGAUUUUUAGAUGUGACGAAAAGUUGUUGGAAGGUUUUGAGUGAGAGAAUAGCAUGAUCUCAUUUAUGGAUUAAAAGAAUCAUGCUGGCUGAUGGGUAGUGAAUAGACUAGGAAAAGGUUGGAAGCAAAGAAAUUAGGUUGGUGGUAUUAUAAUAGUUUAAGUAAGGUGGUGCUGGUGUGAACCUGGAUGAUAGGAGUGGAGAUUGUGGGAUGUGGUCAGAUUUAGUAUAUAUUUUAAGAUGAGAGCUAACAGCAUUUGUUGCUAGGUUGUAUGUGGGAACUGAAAAGAAGAGUUGAGAAUGACUUCUCUUGAUGAUGGACUCUCUUGGUAUACACACAAACCCUAUAUUGCUGCUCCACACUGCAGCUAAGGAAUGGAAUUUCCAUGGUAUUAAAUACUUUCCCAAAGCUUCUUCUGUUUCAGAACCUGGAUGAGCUCUGAAAAAAAAAAAAGUUAAACUCUUUUUCUAGUCCAUUGUUCUUUCCAUUUCCUCUGAUUCAGAACAAUAAAACCAUUCUGUGUUUAAGCAAGGAGGCAAUAUUCUGGAUAUCUGCAUUAUGAAUAUAAUGAAUACUUAUAUUAGUAUUUUAUUAAUUUAAGGACUACAGAAAUUUUUAUUGUAUUUGUUUUGAAACACACUCAAGAUUCUAGGUCAGUUUCCUAAGAUUGUUUCCUCCCUUCUAUUCCAUGUGACCUUUCCUAAGUAGUACAGCAAUGAGUGACUGACAACCACAUGUAAGGAAUACUUAGGACUCUUAUAAACUGGCAACGAAAUAGAAAACAGAAGCAAUAAGUUGAUAGUAAAAAAGGAACCUGGAAAAUUAAAAUAAUUCAUUUAUAUAUAAA